GGUGCGGUGAAAGGUGUCGUCAUUGUUUAGUUUGUGUUCAUUUGUUGAAGCUGUUGAAGUGUUUUUUUCCAUUCCUGAGGUUCUGUCGGUUUGCAAGUUGUGCUCGUGAUAUUUGGCUCGGGAAGUGUAAUGAAGAAUUAUGCACACCUAAACCUGUUGGCCGUGCUCGGCAUUAUUUCGCUACCUUCCGUCAUCGGCUAUGGCUAUAGCUAUUCGAGCCUGCGUCAUCACUUUCCCUACGAGGACGAAAUCAAUCAGGAUGACAGCCUCUCACUCGGUUCCGAGAGUGACGAAAUCCAUCAGAACUGUGUCAUCACUGCAACCCGCUCGGAGAAGAAGCACGCCUAUGCGGUGCCAGUUUAUCAGAAAAUCGGUGUCCCCGUACCUCAUCCGGUCCCGGUGGCCGUUCCACAGUAUGUGAAGGUGAACAUUCCUCAGCCAUAUCCUGUGCAGGUCAACGUGGAGCAGCACAUCAAGGUACCGGUGUAUCGGAUAGUGCCGAAAAUUAUUGAACGUCCCGUGCCAUAUACGGUGGAGAAGUCCUACCCGGUUGAGGUGGAGAAACCUUUCCCGGUGGAGGUACUGAAGAAGAUUGAAAUCCCCGUACCGAAGCCAUAUCCAGUGCCGGUGCCCGUUUAUCGGCACGUUACCCACAAAGAGAAAACGCAUCGAAGCUGGCGGUAUUAGGA